CCGAAAUUUGCGUUUUUGAAUGAAUUACAGUUGAAUGGUGGAUCAACAAGCACACACCGUGUGAGGACUGGUUUGCUGGCAAUGACACACCAGCGAGUUUCAUUUUAAAGGACAGCACAGCAGAGCAAGCAUCGGAGAAAGGUCAUAUUAGCUAAUGGCUUCCGAAUCGGGGAGACUACAGGCGGGACAAGGAAAACGAAAAGCUUCACAGAUGAAGAGCCCGGAGAAGAAGAAAGCCAGGAAAUCUUCCACUCAGGCGGCGGGGUUCUCCCACCUCACUGAGUUUGCGCCUCCUCCUACGCCCAUGGUGGACCAUCUGGUCGCCUCCAACCCAUUUGACGAUGACUUUGGAUCUCCGUCCAGACCGAGUGGGGCAGCCGGACCAGGUGGGGCUCCGUUUCUCCCCAGUCCAGGUGCCGGUGGAGGAGGUGGGUAUGGAGGUGGAGGCAGAAUGGGUCCAGGCAUGAACUUCAUGGGAGGCCCGAGUGGAAAUGGUCCGCCUGGACGCAGACCGCCCUUCGGCCCUCCGAGCAACGCUGGACCACACCAGCAGCUGGGCUUUGGAGGAAUGCCCGGCUUUGGAGGCGGAGGAGGUGGAGGCGGUGGUGGUGGAGGAGGCGGGGGAGGUGGAUUUCCUCCUGGUGGCCCCUCUCAGUUCAAUAUGCAACCAAACUUCAGUCCCCCCAUGCAUCCUGGGCCAGGAUUUAACUCCAUGUUGUCUCCAGGAGGAAUAGGGGGUCCUGGAGCCGGUGGGCCGCCCCAUCCUCGUUUCAGCAUGCCCCCCCAGCAGCAGCACGGACAGGGCGGACACCCGUUCAACAGCCCACCGUUGCCUGGAGGUGGAGGUCCACGAGGGCCCUUGCCUCCCAUGGGAGGAGGCAUGGGUCCUGGGAUGAACAUGAUGGGUGGAAUGGGUGGUGGCCCUGGUGGCAACAUGGUAGGGGGAGGGUUGCCAGGUAUGCCUCCUCAAGGACAGUUUCCUCCCUCACAGGAAGGCCCCUACCCUGGCCCCAGUCCGCCAGGGCCCGGCAGCGAGGAAGGGAAGAACUUCGGUGGAGGAGGGGGACCGCCUGGUCCUCCGCCGCAGCAGCAACAACAACAGCAGCAGCUUAACAUGAAUCCCAACGGCCCCCCAAAUAACAACACUACACCCGGCCCUCCUUCUAACUCUGGACCUUCACAACCAGGUGGAGGCUUUCCCGGCCACCCCGAUGUCCCACCACAAAGUGCAAACACACCUGGCCAACCUCCGUCAGCUCCACCGCAACCCAACUCUUCUCCUACCGGUCCACUGAACGGAUCAGGUCAACCCCAGCACCCGCAGUCCGGUCAGCUGCAGCCCCCCAACAACACCAACACCCCAAACUCCAACAACUCCAAUCAGCAGCAGCAACAAUCAACUCCGCCAAACUCUGCAGGGUCUUCCUCUUACAACCAGCAGAACAACACUCCCGGUUCCGGAGGACCGCUGUCCAACGCUGCCCCCAACUCAAAUCAGAACAACAUAGCUAACAACAAUGGAGGCAACACUCCUGGCAGCAACCCCAACCCCCCCUCAAACUCCACCUCGACCCCUAACACCCAGUCUCCCCUGCCUCCUGGACCCACGGCCCCGACAACUGGGCCCAGCUCAGGGCCUGGAAAACUCGGCGGACCCGGUAUGGUCUUCCCUUGUGGCAUGUGUUUGGCGGAAGUACACGACGACCAGGACGCCAUCCUUUGCGAGGCUACGUGCCAGCGCUGGUUCCACCGUGACUGUACGGGUCUUACAGAACCGGCGUAUGGGCUGCUGACCACAGAAAGCGCCGCCGUUUGGGCUUGUGACUUCUGCAUCAAGACCAAGGACAUACAGGCCGUGUACGUUCGCCAGGGUUUAGGCCAGCUGGUGGCGGCUAACGAGAGCUGAGCAGCAUCGAUUGGACAAACGGACUCUGAUCUAAAUGAAUGACCUGUGUGCCAUGUCAGCUGCGGCUUGGCCAGCCCUUUACUCGUUCACUACACAAAAGCGACACACUCAUCGACUCUGAUGCUUAAACGUAGCACUUUGAGUGACUCUAGACAAAUACAUUUUCCUUCCCCUCCCCGGCAAUUAGAGUUUGAAAUCAUGAUGAAUGUUACCCACGCUGAGAAAUCCGCCUGCCAAUCAGCAAAGCACUGACACCAACACACUACCUCAAAUCGCUUGUAACUGACUGGCACAGAAACUCCCGCACUGACUGACUCACUGAACCAUGUGUGUGCGUGGCGAUAUUUCCAGCUCACGCACUCAGAAAAUUAAAUCAGGCGGUGGGACAUGAUGUUUAAAUACUCGCUUUGUACUGGUAUGAGUUCAGCAGAUUACUGGUUUUAAUUAGAAGACGCCCUGGAACGGCUACCAGAAGUAAUCAAGGAUCCUCCAGUCUGGAAUGCGGUUAAACUAUUUGGUUAAGUGUGGAAAAAAGAAAAUGAGUAGGGAAAAUUGUUUUGUAUUUCUUUCCUUUUUUUCGUCAUUUUAUCCUUCCAGUAUUUCCUUGUUUCUACCUUCUCCUAUCUUCCAUCUGUCCUUCCUUUUUCUUUCUCUUCUUCCUUUUCCUACUUUAUUCUUCUUUGUCUUUUCAUCCCACUGUUUUUCAAUGUCCUUCCUUUAUUCCCUUUCUUCUUUACUUCCUUUCAUUAUGUCCUUUUCUGUGUGACUUGACUCCUACAUACACUUCCUUUUUUCCACUAUUCUGUGCUGCUUUUUGCUUUUCUUGUAGGACUGGGUGAUAAAUCGGUUUUAUUGAUUAAUCAAAUUUUUAUUUUUGAAGAUUACAUUUUUGGAAAAUCAUGAUUCAGGAAACCCAAAGUUGCUUCUUUGUUUGACAGAUUCAAACGAAAUUUGAAUUUAGACUUAUUUUAAAAUUUGAAUUUCAAGCAAAAUUAUCUUUUAAAACAUUUAUUCAAAAGAAUAUUACAACAAAAUAUU